AUGAAAAUUAUGCUGGGCAAGUUGCCACGACCAUGGAUCGUCGACGAUGCCAAGGAUGAUGGGUACACAGCACUGCACCUGGCAGCGCUGAACAAUCACGCCGAGGUAGCAGAACUGCUUGUUCGAGGAGGCGCGAGACCAGACCUCCAGAAUGCCAACCUGCAAACAGCUCUACACCUCGCUGUCGAACGACAACACACGCAGAUCGUCCGCUUACUCGUCGCACAUGGAGCGAAUCUCAAUAUUUGUGACAAGGAUGGCGACACUCCGCUACACGAGGCGCUGCGCCACCACACGCUGCAACAGCUACGUCGUCUACAAGACGCGCGCGACGCAGCGCUACUCACGGGUCUUGCGCACGCGCACGAUAAGAAAUCCUCCGCUUCCAUUGCAUGCUUCCUUGCUGCACAUGGAGCUGAUCUAACUAUCAAGAAUAAGAAAGGUCAGACACCCCUAGAUCUAUGCCCCGAUCCGAAUCUUUGCAAGACAUUGACGACAUGCCGCAAAGAAGGAGCCAGUUUGGGUGGCGAGGGCACUCCGGAGAGCGAGCCGUGCUCAUUGAAUGCAGCGACUGCAAGCACAUCGGGCGUGACGGCCGCGUCACCCGCGCCCGCAGAGAGCGCCGCCGCCCUCACCACUCCCACACAGCCUGCGUCCUCUGACCCCACGGCAGACGAGUGCCUCGUUUGCUCCGAUGCCAAACGAGAUACACUGUUCCGUCCGUGUGGACACAUUUGCUGCUGUAGCGUUUGUGCAGCUAGGGUAAAGAAGUGCCUGACGUGUCGCGCGGGCGUGGUGUCGCGGCAGCGCGUGGGCGAGUGCGUGGUGUGCUCGGAGGCGGCGGCGGCCGUGCUGUGUCGGCCGUGCGGCCACGUGUGCGUGUGCGUCAACUGCGCGCCGCUCAUGCGCAAGUGUGUCGAGUGUCGCACGCCGCUGCAGCCGCCGCCCGCGCCCGCCGCGCCCCCCGCGCCCGCCGCGCCCGCCGCGCCCCCGGCCGCGCUGCAAGCACCCGCGCCACACAAAAUUGACUUGGAGAAGGAGAGUAGCAGCAACCUGGCGCAGGUGCAAACGAUGUGUCCGAUCUGCCUGGACCGGCUGAAGAACAUGAUCUUCCUGUGCGGCCACGGCAUGUGCCAGAUGUGCGGCGACCGCAUCACGGUCUGCCCCAUCUGUCGCAAGCAGGUCGAGAAGCGGAUCCUGCUCUACUGA